CAAGUCGGGCAGACCCAGCCCCCAAAUUGAUAUACACAGACAGGACGGUAGUAUUUUAGGAUCGCUGCAAUUCUUCAUUCCUUUGGACUCCGCAGCGUAAGAGAAGUUAUUCGAUUUGCAGGCUUUGAUUUCAUUGGUGUCCUUUGCGAUUUCGCUCAGGGAGAAUGGCUACUGAAGGAGGUAAACCUGAGACACAAACCUCAGCUGCAGCUGUUAAUACGGUGACGGCUUCAUGCCGGAAGAAGAAGUCUGAAAGUGCCACUUUUUUAGAGGAUGUGAGAGAUCAUAUUGACGAGUUCAUCAAUGCUUCAAUGGAUGAACAUAAAACCUGCUUCAAGAAAACUAUCCAGAAGAUGUUUGGAAUGUCUAAAGUUGUUGCUGAAAGAAAUGCAGAAGUGAAGGAGGUCGAAAGCAAACUUCCACUCCGAACAGUCAUAUCUGAAUAGUAAAGAGAAAAUCUUAAAUAAAAUCAUCAAGUAAUUCCUUUCUUAUGUACUCUAAGGUCUUGUUACUUCAUCCAUUCCUUGAUUUUCAUGUAGUUUCCAUAUGGCCAAGGAAAAGAAAUGCUGCUUUCAUAAUUUUGGGUUGUUUGCACAUUCUUCUGAACAAUAUAUAGAAGUUGUUUAUGAUAUAAAUAGAAAAAUCACUGUGGAGUUUGUUUGCUU